AUGGACAGAAUGAGGAAAAAAGAGGAGAAUGUGUGGAAAAGAUGGGAGGAACCAAAGAUGGGGAGCGUGGAUAAAAAAGCCGGAAGCAGCCACUCCUGUCCAGCGCUGGAAUGCUGGUAUAUUAACGAAAAGGCUAAAGGAGGUCUAACAUCGCCCCCCAGCCAGGACAAGUCCCUGCUUCACAUCUGGACAGAAGGCCAACAUGCUGACAUGCCACAAGAGUCGUCUGACCCCAGCAUCCAGAGAAUCUACACAGUUGCUGAUCCGGCAGCAACGCUGUGUCACGACUCACCCAGAGGCUCAAUCAGUAAGCCCUUUUGUGAGCUUAGCCGUUUUCAGCCGCAGUCUUCCACCAUCGAAUGGGCUGCCUCGCUCACAAGGGACAACAGCCCCAUAUACCUCGAAGCCGACUGGUAUUCUGCUGCUGUUGAAGGAAUGGAUGGACGGCACGGUACAUCCAGCAUCAUGCGCGCGUCCACCGGAACCAACAAACUGGACGUGGUCCUCAGUGUAACCACCAAAACACUAGUGAUGCAAUCCAGACUAGGGGAGCCAGUGACGCUGGACUGCCAAUUCUGGGCCGACCCCGCUUCUCCACUGUACGAGUCGAACUUUGCCGUGGAGUGGCGCUACCAGUCUCGAGGCAACGGCCGUCUGCUCCUGGCUUACGACGGCAAGGCAGACCGGCUGUCUGAAAUGCCAGAGGAAGGCACCGUGAUGAACUUUGAAGGGCUACACCGUAAUGGAAAUGCAUCCCUGACGCUGCAGAAAGCCCAAGUAAACCACACUGGAAUGUACAUCUGUAUGGUGUAUCUGCCGCACCUUCUGGCUCAGAUCACCAUGCAGCUGGAGAUCGUAGAACCACCCUCUCUGUCCAUCCAACCGUCCCCGCUGCCUCUCCCUCAUCCCGGGCAGACUUUAACGGUCCAGUGCGUGGCCUCAGGCUUUGCCCCCCAUUCCUUGGAGCUGAGCUGGGAGUUGAAAGGCCCAGAUGGGAAGACCCGUUCACUGGGAGGCGGCCGCCUCUCUGGCCACAGGCAGUCCUGGGAUGGCACUUUCAGCCAGGAUGCACGGCUGGAGCUCAAUUUGUCUGAUCCGGAGCUGGCCAGCGGAGGCGAGGUUAUCUGUGUCGCGGUGCAUCCCGGGGGUACACGGCGUACCAGCGUGCCCCUUAGGGUCAUUGGUUUCAGCUCGCCAUCAAUUGAAGACUCCAUGGCAAUGGUGGGUGUGGCCUUGGUUCUCUACGGUCUCAUCAAGUUCGUCUCUUGGACCUUCAUCCCUUCAGGUUCAAAUGAGGCAGAGGGAACAGACAAGAAAGAGAAGUGA